UCUGUGCCGCGCGGGGUGGCGGGGGCGGCAGAGACAGACAAGACUGAGAGACAGACUGAGACGGCCAGUGGUGUCCGUCUGGGAAUCCUCGGAAUGGGAUGCGCUGGGGAUGGGGCCGUGGAAUCCAGGCCAGGGGCAGCCGACAAAGGGCCAGGAAGGAGAAGGGUUGAGCAUAAACCGAGAGGAGAGUGAGAGAGUGGGCGGGGAAGUGGUAGGAAAGAGAGGGACGGACAGGGGAGCUGACUGCGCUGUCCGAGCCAAGGGAGGACGAGGCGGGGGUCUCCGCUGUGGAGACGCCCGGGUUCCCGGCCUCGGACUCGCCCCGGCAGGAUCAGGCCUGGGGCAGAGUGUAGACGGCUCUCGGGACAGCCUGGGUUUCCGCUUCCCUCCCGGGCGCGAGUUGAGCGGGAGGCAGCCCGAGCCUCAGUCCUGCGCCGACUCCGCCAUGUGGCCCCCCGACCCCGACCCCGACCCGGACCCCGAGCCUGCGGGCGACUCCCGGGCCGGCGCCGCAGUCCUCGGGCUCCGUGCGCUGCUGCCGGCGCGCGCUUUCCUCUGCUCGCUCAAAGGCCGCCUCCUGCUGGCCGAGUCGGGUCUCUCAUUCAUCACUUUCAUCUGCUACGUGGUGUCCUCAGCAUCUGCCUUCCUCACAGUGCCUCUGCUAGAGUUCUUGCUGGCCCUCUACUUCCUCUUCGCUGAUGCCAUGCAGCUGAAUGACAAGUGGCAGGGCUUGUGCUGGCCCAUGAUGGACUUCCUGCGAUGUGUCACUGCCGCCCUCAUCUACUUUGUCAUCUCCAUCACAGCUGUUGCCAAAUACUCCGAUGGGUCUUACAAAGCAGCCGGGGUUUUUGGCUUCUUUGCCACCAUCGUGUUUGCAAUUGACUUCUACCUGAUCUUUAAUGAAGUGGCCAAAUUUCUCAAGCAAGGGGACUCUUCUGGUGCUGAUGAAACCACAGUCCACAGGGCAGAAGGAAUGUGCAGGCAGAAGAGAUGCGGCAGGUGGAGAGAGAGGACAACAGAGUGCUUCCCUUCCAGGUGAGGUACUUCUCUGGGUCAAGCAGUGGUGUCCAGGAUAGCACAGGUAGACACAGGACAGGGGCCUUUCCAGGGACUCCAGGCCCUGCCUCCAGAUUGAUAUCUUCCCCACUAAGUGCCUGCUGUCCCAUGUGGGACCCCGCUGGUGAAGUCUAGAAACCACCCAAUUCCCAACAGCUGGGCUGCAUGGCCCAUGGGGAUCUGUGACCCCCAGAAACUGUCCCUCCACUAAAACUGAAUGCUGUUCAGCUGGUCCUUCCCAUACUGCAGCAAACAUGAGAUCAGAUGCUCCUAGACAUCCUCCUCAGGCAUCUGUAACCUGCAGCAAGUGCCCACCCAGCCAGCCAGUCCCGUGAUCAAAUCAUCACCAUCAGGGAAGACUUGUAUUUUGAAUAUUUUGUUUAAAUAUCUGGAGAAUUGGGGGGGGGUGUUUAUAGUUAUUGCAAUGAAAGUAUACGUUAGAUGCAAAUAUACCAAAAUCUUACCACACAGUCUUUAUCAGUGCAGCCCUGGCAUGAGUGAGGGGAGCCAGGUUUGGGGAGGUUGUCCAAGCAGUCUGGGAACUCCUGCUCUCCCUGCCCCAGGCUUAGCCCUGAGCCAGAAACAGCUCUAGGACUGGCUAGGAUUCUAAGAAUCAGCAGCUGGCCAGAGAGGGGGCAAGUUUUAAAAAAGUAGUAACUUCGGUGGGCUUGGGGAAGAGGCCUGCAAUGCUUUUACUCCCUGGGGUGGGCUUCCAGGAUGCUCUACAGAACAGUCUUCAGUUAGGCGGGUUUGGGGAACCCUCAAGUCCCACAUCACUGACAGGCCCUUAACACUGUACAGCUGUUUGUGACAGUGUACUAAAACAAGGAUGGGGCUGGGGGAAGUUGAUCUAUAAAGUGACUUUUAAAAAGUCUGCUGAUUUUCCAGUAUAUUUUAGUGUGAGGGACAGUCAGGUAGAUGUCCUUGCUUUGUCCUGCUGAGUUGGGGGGUAGGGCUGAGGCUGGAAUACAGAUGUCCAGCUCUAACACCUCCAAGUGAGAAUAGCCCAGGAGCCUCGGGAGGGCCUGAGGUCCCUGGGGAAGGGACAUCUGGGCUUCAGUCUGGGGUGGAAGUGUCCCAACCCCCACCCCAACGGGCAGCUGGAGGUGAAAGCGGCCUCCUGUGGAGGUCCCAAGCCCAAUCUCUCAAACCAACACAUGCCCAUAACGGCAGAGUCUAGAGUCAGCUGCAGGAGAGGCUGGGCCCAGGGCUCCUGCCAGCACUCACCCGGCAGUACCUUCCCAGAGACCGUUCCCAGGCACCGAUGCCUGGAGACUCCUGCCUGGCAUCCUCUAUACUUU